AUGAAAACGGCUGCUCAAAGGGCAUCUCAGCUGGCAGUGGAUGCCGUCACCCCUCGAGUUCCCCCUGGUGCUCCCACAGAACUCGUCCUACAAACAUUACAACGCCACUAUAAGUUGUCCAAACGCGGGAAUGCAAUUGGAUCGAGCAGGCGAGUGAGCGUGGUCAAUGAUGUCCUCGAACGUCUGAAACCGUCUCUGCUGAAGCAUGAGGGCUGCGACAUCCUUGACAUCAACCCCGGGCCUGCCAUCUUCUCGUCCAAACUGCACGAUCUGCUCAAGCCUCGGAAGCAUAUAUUGAUGGAGCAGGAGAGGGUGGCCUACACCCCGUUUCUGCAGCCGCUGCUCGACGCUCCCGACUCGAAAUAUGUCUGGGUGAAGAAAUCAGGGCUGUUAUUCAAAUCCCUCGAGAAGGUGCUGAAUGAACAGAACUUCCCGCAUCAGAAGGUUCUGGACAAGGACGAUCCACGCAUCUCCGAGCCAAACCCGACGAUGCUGGUGGUAAUGAACAUCGCAUUUUUCCCCAAAUGGGCCUUCAUGGGCUUCCAGUCGAUUGCGCAUCUGUUCAUCAAUCAGAUGAUGGCUGCAAUUAUCACUCACAGCUAUUUUCAAAAGUACGGCUUAGUCCGCAUCUUGGCUUGGGUAGAUGAUCAGGACAGGUUUCUCGCCCUGCCGAGGCAUGUACACAGUAGGAAAAAAGGUUCAUUAGCAAUGGCUGUCGCUUGCUCGCGCAUAACCGAAGUGGCAUCUUCUACGGUACCGUCUACUUAUCUAUCUCGAGACCUUGGGCUUGAGCUUGAAAGCGUUCGGAAGGUUAUACUUAGAAUGGAAGCCAACGGAACGAAGACACCGCCUGGUCGAGAAAGUCUUUUCCUAGGACAUGCAUUAGGCUUGCACGGUGCUGAUCAUCGGAUGAAAAAGGGGCAACAAGACACAGAACGGUUCGUGAAGGAGUUGCCAGACUUAGAAGCCCGCUUUGCUGCCGGCAAGUUCCCCAAAAGAUAUCCCAUGCCUGAAAAGGAACGUGAAAAACUACAUUCAAAAAUGAUUGUCGCCAAAACGAAAAUGGCCGGAUCAAAACCUAAAAUACAGGGCGCUCUUACGCCUGAAUACAAACGGCUAGCCAUGCUGCGAACACAUCGAAACACAUUCGAAAGACGAGCCAAGGUGCUAGAAACCCUCCGUUCUCGGCAACGAGAGAUCUUCACUAAGAUAAAAGAGCUUCACCAUUCGAAGGGGAUACGUGCGACCAAAAAGAAAGAGCGUGUAGCAGCCAGCCGGCGGGAAUUCAUUAAAGAUCUCGAAAGUGUGCCGGACCGUCAAGUGCUCUCGAUGGCUACAGGAUUGCUUGACACUGACCGAGUUUCGACGAUAGAACCCUCUGGAAUCAUAUAUGACCGAAGGGAGUAUGAGCCGUUGAAAGCACGACCAGAAGAAUUUUGCCCGCAACGCCCCUUGGCAUUGCUCGAUUUCGAACCUCAGACGGUCUUGCCAGCAUUGAAAGAGAAUCCCGAGAACUACCUGUACGUGGACUAUAUCAUGGCACACGUAACUAGAAACACGAUUAGUUCCGUCAAAGUCGAGCUGGAAAGGCUCUGGCCAGGCGCAUACGAAUACCUGCUCGAAGAGGUUCCCUCCCUUUCGGACCCGACCAAGGGCGGUGACACGGAUUUAGAAUUGAUGAGGACGAGGUGUUUAACUCAUGAGCAUGUUGCGGAUAUUGUUGAAGCGUGGAUGAGAUGGCCUUAUAGACCUACUCUGGAGCAGAUUCGCGCUCGAAACAACAAUUCCGUAUUAGAUAAAGUGGAUGACGAUUAA